AUGAACAAGACGAAGCCCGACGAAGAGUCCCCCCCCUACCCCUUGCCGAUGCACGGUGAAAUCCAGGAGGAUCCCACCUAUGCUCACGAUGCCGUCUUCGGAGAGAUCACGGAGGACGGGCCUAAUUUCCGCGAUGUCGGAUGGUUGGGCACGGUGGCCCUCAUGAUGAAAACCCAGAUCGGACUGGGUGUGCUCUCUAUCCCUAGUGCCUUCGACGCGUUGGGCAUCGUGCCUGGGAUCAUCACGCUGUGUGGUAUUGCCAUCACCACCACCUGGUCGGACUAUAUCAUCGGCGUCUUCAAGCUUCGGCACCGCGAGGUCUAUGGAAUUGACGACGCCGGUGGGCUGAUGUUUGGCCAGAUUGGCCGGGUGGCCUUUGGCGUUGCCUUUUGCUUGUAUUGGACCUUUGUGGCGGCAUCAGGAAUCCUCAGCACGUCGAUCGGACUGAACGCCGUCUCCGCCCACGGCGCCUGCACGGCGAUAUUCACGGCCAUCGCCGCCGUCGUGGGAUUUGGCUUUGGGAGUAUCCGAACGCUGGGCCGCCUGUCGUGGCUGGCCUGGAUCGGGCUCAUCUGCAUUCUGACGUCCAUCAUCAUCCUCACCAUCGCCGUGGGCGUUCAGGAUCGGCCUGCCGCUGCGCCCCAGGAAGGCGUCUGGAUCCCGGACUAUAAGAUCAUUGGCGAUAGCAACUUCGUAGAAACCAUGUCCGCCGUGUCGCGCCUGGUUUUCGCUUUCGCCGGCACCCCGGCCUUCUUCCCUAUUAUUUCCGAGAUGCGAGAUCCGCGCUACUACACGCGCUCCCUGUUGAUCUGCCAGGGAACUGUCGUCUCCGUGUACAUCGCCAUCGGCUGCGUCGUGUACUGCUACUGCGGCUCGUACAUCGCCUCGCCUGCCCUGGGUUCGGCCGGAGUGCUGAUGAAGAAGGUCUGCUAUGGCUUUGCAUUGCCCGGGCUGCUGGUAACCACCAUGCUGGUUAUUCAUCUGCCUGGUAAAUACAUCUUCGUGACCAUCCUCCGUGGCUCGCGACACCUCACAGCCAACACGAUAACCCACUGGGGCACCUGGCUGUCCUGUACAUUCGGCAUCGCCGUCAUCGCAUACAUCAUCGCCAGCGCCAUCCCGGUCUUCGACGACCUCGUCUCCCUCGUCGGCGCACUGCUCGGAACCCUGAUGGCCUUCCAGCCGAUGGGAUGCAUGUGGCUGUACGACAACUGGGGGAAAUUCCGAGCCGAGAAGACCCCGAAACUGAUGCUGCUGGUAUGCUGGAGCGUGUUUAUCGUCAUGCUGGGCUCGUUCUUCACGGUGUGCGGCACCUAUGCGUCCGUUGUGACUAUUAUCAAUAGUUACAAUGCGGCUGGUGGGUCGUCGGUCUGGUCGUGUGCUGAUAACUCCAAUUCUGUUUAG